CGCGUACAGCCAUGGAGACGGUCAGCGUGUUUGGAUUAUUGGUGUUACUGGCGAAUUCCUGUCUCUGUUCCAUCAUUUGUGACAAAGUGGAUGUGGCAGAAAUAGAAGGGGAUGUUAAUAGCGUUUGUUACAAUCAGGGGAGUAAAGAGAUCAAGUGUCCCAGAAAUGAAUCAGUGUUGGUCAAACGCUUCUUGCAAAAAGCUCAUGUAAGGAAGGACGGUGACGACAGGAAUGCAGACUACAGAUCCUGUGUAGAAAAAUUCAAUGAUGAAUAUUAUGACGUUGGGGAAUGUUUGUUAAUGACGUCGGAUGUGCAUCAGAAGAGGGUUUAUCAGGCCGCGAUCACGGAGGUUCUGGAGGAGUGUAGUCAGAAGAGGUACUGUAUCCUGGAGAGUGACACGAGUUCCUCUAUCCAUGGUCUGAAGGACCUCCCAGUAGGAGAGAGAAAGAAACGCCCGUCACAUCUGGUGGAAUUGCAUGAGUGUGUCAAAGACCAAGUUGCCAGUGUCUUGUUGUGUGACAGCAAGACCAAAACAGACAAGAAGGUCUACAUCAGCAGCAACCGACUGAAGAUGUCAUUUCAGGAAACAAGCACCUGCAACUGUACAGUCAGUGGAGCUGCGAGCCGCGUCACCCUGCUGGACGUCAGACUGGACAACAGCCACGUGACCACACUGUCCAUCAGGGACAAGACACGUACAGUGUACACAAUCCAUGGUGGCGACCAGGCAGUCCACUUCAUGAAGGAGAUUAACAUCAGCCAAUCAGAGUGGAGUUUACAGGUGGAUGUUAUCCGAGACUAUCUCCCUGACAAGAUAUGGAUGAGAGUGGAAGGACACAACGGAUCUGACGUCACAGUCGCGUGUAAAGAAGCAGCUUCAAACACCGAUAGGACGCAAUCAGUGCCACCAGGUAACGCCGUUCUUGAUGGAUCACAGCUUGUUUUCCUUCCUGUUGGGUUUUUGGUUGGAUUUGUGACUGUUGGUAUUAUCUUCAUCUUGUAUAUGAAAAGGAGACAAAGCAACCCGGCCUUUGUUUCAUCUUUGCUACGGUUUACCCCUGAAGGGAAUGACGCCCUUGAGCCCAUCUACUCCUUACCCCAUCAACAUCGGGGGACGGACCCCCCUCGCCAACUUUCCACAAAGAGCUGUAGUCCCAAUAUCCACAACCAGGACGACCCUGACUACAGUGUGGCUACCCUCCAACCUAACCCCAACCCUCUGUCACUGUCAAACCUAACCAUCGACAAGAACAAGCUUCGAUCCAACACAGAACCGUGAACAGUGUAUGAAUGAACAAGUAACUGUGACAUCCUUGCAAUUUGAUGCCCGUACGCAGAUAGAAAAUUUAAUGUAUAAUUGAUCUUAUUGUUUGCUAGUAGCAUGUUAUUUGGGCUUUGCUGCGUCCUACCAAAAUACGUUAAAAUAUGGUACUUGUUGUUACCAUGUCUGGCGCUAGGCAUUAAGGGGCAAAAACAA